CGGUCACGUGUCUGCGAGCUCUUCGCUCCUGCCCCGAAGUCGCCUCGGCGGCUGCUUUUUAUUCAUUCGCCUGCGCGUCUUAGCGACGGCAGCGCACAAUCUCGGGCUGCUGUUGCUGCCGCCGGUCUCGUUGCGGGAAACGGCGCCUAGUUUUCAACAAACAUUUGAAGUUUUGACUGAUCCGCUUUGGGUUGUUGCCUGCUAAAUCCUAUCAACAAGGUUGCGUGUACAAAACAAGCUCCCAUUACUCUUGGAUAGACUUCACAUGCAGUUUGCAAGAUGACGCCAAAGCAUGAAAAACAGGAAUUUGUCACGGUCUUGGUGCGAGACCCUCGGAUAAAAAAGGAAGACUCCUGGCAUUCACAUAUAGACUAUGAGAUCUUCAUUCAUACAAACAGCAUGUGCUUUACGAGGAAAACGUCUUGCGUCCGGCGGCGCUUUCGAGAAUUCGUGUGGCUUCGCCAGAGACUUCAGAGUAACGCAGCGCUAAUACAACUUCCAGAACUUCCAGCCCGAACGCCCUUUUUCAACACCAAUAACCCCCAACACGUGGACCAGCGCCGACAAGGCUUGCAGCAGUUCCUCCAAAAGAUUCUGCAGAAUCCUCUUCUGCUUUCAGACAGUAGACUUCACCUCUUUGUACAAACCCAGCUGAACCCAGAGGACAUUGAGGCAUGUGUAUCUGGACACACGAAAUAUUCCGUCGAAGACGCAAUCCACGAGUUUGCCUGUUUGAAACGACGGUUUCCUGUAGAAGACGAAGGGAGGAAAAAGGAGAAUUAUGCAGAUUCCGAUUCCGAAAGUUCAUCCUCAGGGCUUGGACACAGCAGUGAUGAUAACAUUUCCCAUGGAUGUAAAGGAAGCACAGACACAGUUCCUGAAGAACCCUGAAAUAUCAUUUAUGUGUUGCCAUCACUCCAAUGACAGAUACACAGCUUCUAUCUUGGUUGAAAGUUACAGAUGACAUAGACUGACCAUGCGCCCAACUUCCAAGGCAUGCCUUUUCUCUGUUUUCAAAACAGCCUGUUCAUCUGCUAUGUAUGCAUUUUGUAGCCUUUGUUAUAUUGAACGAUACAAAUACUGUCUGCACCACAACACCUAAAUCAAUGAGAUUUCUUAAUGUGAUACUGUGGGGUUCACUGUAAGGGAAAGGAAAGGGGGGGGGACCCUGGAAUAUCAACAUUCUGGGAAUCCACAAAAUCUAUUUUUAUUUGGCAUUUUAAAUGGUGAUACUGUGGUGGUCUUUCUACUGUGGUGUUGACUACGUAACUCAGCUGCAACACAGAAAACCAAAACGCCAUUCAGUCAUAAGGUAGCAGAAGAGUAAAUGACCAAAUGGGUUUUCUGAAAAGUAUGUUUUGUUAUUAAGCUUUCACCUUGAAAGGGAAUGCUUGGGUACAAUGCUAUAUGGUCAGUUACAGGCUGCUUGAAUUAAAUAGGCUUGACAGUGCAGUUCUGUAUAUGUUUACUCAAAAGUAAGCCAGAUUGAGUUCAGUUAGGCUUGCUCCCAGGCUGCAGUCCUGCAAUCUACCUGGCAGUAAACCCCAGUUGAGACAUAUAUAGGAUGGUGCUGUUAUCCUGCCUAACUGUGGCAACAGGUCUUACUUUUGUGUGUGUGGCUAAGAAACACGUGUCUUGUGAAGAGGCCUAUCAUUAAAAAACCUGUGCUGUUACA